CGACUUGAACUGUUCGAUAGCCGCAGAUCUAAACACCAAACAAAAAUCACCAUGAAAUUCCUGAUUGUCUUCGUCGCCCUCUUCGCCGUGGCUCUGGCUGCUCCUGCCGCUCAGGAAGCCGAAAUCUUGCGCUCCUCUUCCGACGUUGGACCCGAAUCAUUCAAAUACGAUUGGGAAACCACCGAUGGACAGGCCGCUUCAGCCGCCGGUCAGCUGAAGAACAUUGGAUCUGAGAACGAGGCUCUCUCUGUUCAGGGAUCCUACCGCUUCAUUGCUGAUGAUGGUGUGACCUACGAGGUUCAGUACAUCGCCGAUGAGAACGGAUUCCAGCCCCAGGGUGCUCAUCUGCCCGUUGCCCCCGUGGCCUAAUUGAAGUUGUUGCAUACACCGUUAGCAGCUUUAAAGCCCACCAGUCCUACAAAACUCUUUGUUAUCUUCCCCAACACUUACCUACUUCCGGUUUCCCUUUUUAAAGGGAAAGAAUCCUUAGUUACAGAACGCAGUUUGUUGAAUAUUAAAGAAUGUAUAUUUUAUAUGAAUUCGUUUUA